AUGUCCGGAUUCGCAACGGCGGGUCUGGUUGCCUUCGAUACAUUAAGGGCGAAGGCCGUAGGGAAACUUGCAGAAAUAAGAAGAAACAAUGCAGCAGGCUAUGAAGAAUUUGCAAUGCCGCCCAACUCGGGUGUUAAAGACAAUAAAGGAUUCGAGGACGACCGAGGGUACGCCACGCAUCCAUCUUUUGAUUCACUUCCGGAACCCGAAAGGCCUCCAUUACGACACAUCGACACUUACUGCAUGCCCGAAUGUCCUUGUCUCUCCAAGAGGUACACCAUUGCGGUAUUAGCAUGUUUAGGAUUUGUCAUCUCAUUCGGCAUGAGGUGCAACAUGGGCAUGGCAAAGCUCAUCAUGAAGAACGAAACCGAGGACGGUGGGACGGCGAAGUUCAAUUGGACAACUGGAAUGGAAAGUGCGCUGGACUCAUCCUUCUUUUGGGGCUACCUUAUCACACAAGUUCCAGGAGGAUUUUUAGCCUCUUUAUACCCCGCGAACAAAAUUUUUGGAGCUGCAAUUGCAGUGUCUUCUUUUUUGAACUUAUUAGUGCCCGGCGCCCUUAAAGUUGAUCCCAUUAUUGACAUGGUUGUGCAGAUCAUGAAGGGUCUUGUAGAGGGUGUCACAUAUCCAGCGUGUCACGGUAUUUGGAAAUAUUGGGCUCCACCAUUGGAGAGGUCAAGAUUAGCAACCUUGGCCUUCUGUGGUUCUUAUGCUGCAGUGGUCAUAGGAAUGCCACUUUCUGCAUGCCUCAGUAAUUGGUUUGGAUGGACGGCGUCUUUCUACUUUUACGGUGUUUGUGGGUUAAUUUGGUAUUGCUUUUGGCUCUGGUUGGCCUUUGAAAAACCAUCCAGACAUCCUUGCAUAUCAGCUCGCGAGUUACGAUAUAUCGAGGAUUCUCUUGGGCAAGGUCAAACUCAAGUAUUCGUGCCGACAUUCGCCAACACACCUUGGAAAAAGUUCCUUACGUCUAUGCCGGUCUAUGCCAUUAUCGUAGCAAAUUUCUGCAGAUCUUGGAACUUCUAUCUUUUAGUGCUCUUCCAAGCUCGUUUUAUGCACGAGUCUUUUGACAUGCCGAUGGUUGAGACUGGAGUAAUAGGUUCACUUCCACAUUUGCUCAUGACCAUUAUCGUUCCAUGCGGUGGCCUUCUGGCGGAUCAUCUUAGGAAACGAGGUAUCAUGUCCACGACAAAUGUCAGGAAGGUCUUCAACUGUGGUGGCUUUGGCAUGGAGGCGAUAUUCUUCCUGGUUUUGGCUAAUGCUACCACUCACAGGAACGGUACAGCGGGUACACUGGCUCUGGCGAUUGGUGUGGCUUGCAGUGGUUUCGCAAUUUCCGGUUUCAACGUUAAUCAUCUUGACAUUGCGCCCAGAUAUGCCAGCAUCUUAAUGGGAAUGUCAAACGGUAUCGGUACCAUUGCCGGCCUUCUGGUGCCCUUCUUUGUGGAAUACAUCACAAGGAAUAAGGAUCCACAGGGCUGGAGAAACGUUUUCAUCAUGGCUGCUUGUGUUCACUUCUUCGGGGUAAUCUUUUACGCGAUAUUUUGUUCUGGUGAACUUCAACCCUGGGCAGAUCCGAACUUAGAAGAGCAGAAAGCAUGGAACCCUUUAGACGAACUUAACCAGUCCAAACCUCCGGUACCGCCACCACCACAGACCGUCCAGACCAAUUUUGUGAAGCAACCGUCUUUGGGCGGAGCUCCAACCGAUUGGAACGAUUACGAGCAGCCGCCAGCUGUGGAUCAGUAUACGUAUGUGCAGCAAGAGAAGAUAGAUACAAAUCAGGUGAUCAAUUAUGGAUCGACCGAAACCAAUCCCAGCAAUCCAUUCCAUUCGACAAAUCCUUUCGUCAGCGAACUAAAUACCUCGCUGGUGCAGCCACCACCGAGGGACGACCAUACAUAUGACGUCAUGCAGAAUCAAGGAUGGAAUUGA